GCCACGUCGCGGCGGGUUCAUUACGCCUGCGCGUAGAGCGGCAAGAUGGCGGACAGUGCGGAACUGAAGCAAAUGGUUAUGAGCCUUCGAGUUUCUGAGCUACAAGUACUGUUGGGAUACGCCGGGCGCAACAAACACGGACGCAAACACGAACUCCUCACCAAAGCCCUGCAUUUGUUAAAGGCUGGCUGCAGCCCCGCGGUUCAAAUGAAAAUAAAGGAACUAUACCGGCGGAGGUUCCCCUUGAAAAUCCUCACUCCCGCAGACUUCUCUCUUCCCAGUGUGCACUCCAGCACCAUGCCCGCCAACCUGUCUCCAACCUCCAUUCCUCAGCUUUCGUACGACAGCCACCCUGCCUCCUCCCCGCUGCUUCCCGUCUCCCUCCUGGGACCCAAACAUGAACUGGAGCUCCCGCACCUCACAACCAACCUGCACCCUGUCCACCCGGACAUAAAGCUGCAGAAGCUGCCCUUCUACGACCUGCUGGACGAGCUCAUCAAACCUACAAGUUUAGCCUCGGACAACAGCCAGCGCUUUCAAGAAACCUGCUUUGCUUUUGCAUUAACGCCACAACAAGUCCAACAAAUCAGCAGCUCGAUGGAUAUCUCGGGGACAAAGUGUGACUUCACUGUACAAGUGCAGCUCAGGUUCUGUCUAUCUGAAACGAGCUGCCCUCAAGAAGAUCAUUUCCCACCCAACCUGUGUGUGAAAGUCAAUGGCAAACCUUGUAACCUGCCUGGUUAUCUUCCACCAACCAAAAAUGGGGUUGAACCAAAGCGACCAAGCCGACCAAUUAACAUUACCUCACUUGUGCGACUGUCCACCACCGUUCCCAACACAAUUGUGGUUUCUUGGACAGCAGAAAUUGGAAGAAAUUUUUCAUUGGCUGUAUAUCUGGUCAAGCAACUGUCGUCGGCCAUCUUGUUGCAGAGGCUACGGGCGAAAGGGAUCCGCAACCCAGACCAUUCCAGAGCGCUCAUUAAGGAGAAGCUCACAGCAGACCCAGACAGCGAAAUUGCCACAACCAGUUUAAGAGUUUCCCUCCUGUGUCCGCUUGGCAAAAUGCGCCUGACCAUCCCCUGCCGAUCGCUGACCUGUUCGCACUUGCAGUGUUUCGAUGCCACGCUCUAUAUACAGAUGAAUGAGAAAAAGCCCACUUGGGUGUGUCCGGUCUGUGACAAGAAAGCCCCCUACGAGCAUUUAAUUAUCGACGGUCUUUUUAUGGAAAUACUAAAGUGCUGCAUAGACUGUGAUGAGAUCCAGUUUAAGGAAGAUGGGUCUUGGGCUCCCAUGAGGUCAAAGAAGGAAGUACAAGAAGUCACAGCUUCUUAUAACGGAGUGGAGAGUGGAUGCAUCAGCAGCACAGUGGAGCACCAGGUGAGCUCUCAGCAGUCAAACAAGAACAAGAAGGUGGAAGUGAUCGACCUGACAAUAGACAGCUCGUCUGAGGAAGAGGAGGAGGAACCCUGCUCUAAGCGGAGCUGCCCGUCCAUCACGCCGGCAUCUCCAUUGAGCAAUAAAGGUAUGGUCAGUAUCCCACACCAGGCCUCUCCUAUAUCUCGGACACCCAGUCUGCCUGCUGUGGAUUCUACUUAUAUCAACACCCCUAUCAUUCAGGACUACAGGCAUCCCUUCCACAUGACACCCAUGCCUUAUGACUUGCAAGGUCUUGAUUUCUUUCCAUUCCUUUCCGGAGAUAACCAGCAUUACAACACCUCCCUGCUGGCAGCGGCGGCUGCUGCGGCCUCCGAAGAAACCGAUCUGCUUCACUCUUCCCGCUUCUUCCCUUACACCUCUUCGCAAAUCUUCCUGGACCAGCUAAAUGCGGGGGCAAGCGCUUCUCUCCCAGCAACUAACGGAAGCAACAGCGGCAGCAACAGCAGCCUGGUGUCCUCAAACAGUCUACGCGAGAACCACAGCACGGCCAGCCGGGGGCCAGCAGACAGUUCGUCUCUCUAUGGCAUCAUCCCAGACGUUAUCUCUUUGGACUGAUAUCCCUGUAUCACCUGAUUCCUUUAUUUUAUUGUUUUAUAACGGAAAUGCUAAAACAAAUCUAACAAAAAAAACACAAAAAAACAAAA